ACGAUGAACAUGUUGGGGCUGGCCAAAAGGGUCGGAGCUCGCUUCUUGCUGACCAGCACCAGUGAAGUCUAUGGCGAUCCUCUCCAGCAUCCUCAGGCGGAGACCUACUGGGGAAACGUUAAUCCCAUCGGUGUAAGGAGCUGCUAUGACGAGGGUAAGCGCACCGCCGAGACCCUGACCAUGGACUACCACAGAGGCGCUGGCAUUGAGGUAAGGAUUGCUCGGAUUUUUAACACUUAUGGACCUCGAAUGUCAAUUGAUGAUGGUCGUGUUGUCAGUAAUUUUGUAGCGCAAGCACUGAGGAAGGAACCAUUGACAGUCUAUGGUGAUGGCAAGCAAACUAGGAGCUUCCAAUAUGUUUCGGACCUGGUAGAAGGUCUAAUGCGGUUGAUGGAAGGAGAUCACGUAGGACCUUUCAAUCUUGGCAAUCCGGGCGAAUUCACCAUGCUUGAGCUUGCUGAGGUAGUGCAAGAAACAAUUGAUCGAAAUGCAAAGAUAGAGUUCAGGCCUAACACAGAGGAUGAUCCACACAAGAGAAGACCAGAUAUUACUAAGGCUAAACAGCUUCUUGGCUGGGAACCAACCGUGUCCCUCCGCAAAGGGCUUCCCCUAAUGGUCUCUGAUUUUAGGCAGAGGAUCUUUGGUGACCAAACGUCUGCAGAAUAGAUUCAGACAUGUAGAGAAUGGAAAAUCACUUCGCAGAAGCAAUAAAUGCGAAGUGGCUAAGAGAUCAAGGAAUUUAUUAUUAUUAUUAUUAUUAUUAUUAUUAUUAUUUUGUAAGAGUGAUAGGGGUAUCCAAAUUCUUUUGUACUUGUAGAUCAUCUCUUCGUAGCUGCGUUAUUUGAUCGAUGCAAUUUCGUUUCUCAUUCUCUCUAAAUUUUAAGGGCUACUCCUUUAUGCAAAAGAACGCAAUAAAGUGAGACAUUAUGA